AUGACAUUCCUAAUAACUCAACAAUUCAAACAAUUUAAACAAUUUCUUUCCAUUCUACCUUCAAAGUUUCCCACGACUACAUUAUAUUUCCUACCAACAAAUCAUAUCUUUCUUCGUAGUUACACGGCAAGAAAACCCACGAAACUCAGUAACUCCUCAGCACCAAUUUACGCUCGAAGGGAAUUAGAAGAUGGUAGUAUUAUUGCUCCCGUAUCAAAGGAAAAGAGAGAUCAAUUAGAAGAGGCAAAGAAUGCGGAAAUUGAGGAUAUGGGAUGGAAAAAGAGAUUUAUUAGGAAAGAGAGAACCAGAAGGAGGGAAUUAUGGUGA